AUGAUAACAAACUUAUUUUCAAGAUUCGACCCAAUCUCAAGAAUUAACCACAUAUCUCUAAACUGAAUAUCUACCUUUCUGGGGCUACUCUUUAUUCCCUAUCCAUUUUGAGCUAUACCUAGCCGAUCUUCAAUAAUGUGAUCAACAGUAACUUCAACUCUUCAUAAAGAGUUCAAGACACUCUUAGGCCCAACUAAUCCUGGUAGAACCAUUAUAUUUGUAUCAUUAUUUAGGUUUAUCGUAUUUAACAACUUCUUAGGACUUAUACCCUACGUAUUUACAAGAACCAGUCAUAUAGCAAUAACUCUUUCUCUUGCACUACCUUUAUGAAUAGCAUUUAUACUAUUCGGGUGAAUUAAUCGAACUCAACACAUGUUUGCACAUCUAGUUCCAGCCGGAACACCUGGUCCCCUAACACCAGUUAUAGUUCUAAUUGAAACAAUUAGAAACGUAAUUCGACCUGGAACUCUAGCAAUUCGACUAGCCGCUAAUAUAAUCGCAGGACACCUUCUGCUCACCCUUAUAGGAAACACUGGCCCUAGCCUAGGUCACACAGCCGUAUUUAUACUAGUACUAGCUCAAGUACUACUUUUAAUUCUAGAAGCAGCUGUCGCUGUUAUUCAAUCCUAUGUAUUUGCCGCUCUCAGAACACUAUACGCCAGAGAAGUAAACUAA